UAUAAAAUACACUCUAACAUAUUUGAGAGGCUUAAAAGCUAAGAUUCUAAUGAAGGAAGUAACAACUAUAUAUGUGCUAUUGCUUAUUUUACUCCCCAUUCAGCAGAUAUACCCAACCGAAAUCAAUGUCAUUUCGGAUUCACAGUUUUUGACUGAAGAAGACACAUUGGUCUCCCCAGCUAAAACUUUUGAACUUGGUUUUUUCAGGCCAAGUGAUACUGAGACGACAAUUUACGUAGGCAUUUGGUACAAGAAAAUCUUUGUUAAAACAGUGGUUUGGGUUGCCAACAGAGAUCGGCCACUAAUAAGUGCAGAAGCAGGUGUGUUAAGGAUAGUUAAUCCAGGGAAUCUUGUCAUCAUGAACAAUGUUACUAAUGAUUUAAUGUGGUCAUCCAAUACGACGUCAUCGGGAAAUGUAGCUGCAAAGCUUCUUGACACCGGAAAUCUAGUCUUGAUGGACCAACAAAAGGAGAUGAUGAUCUGGCAGAGUUUUGAUUAUCCAACUGAUACUCUUUUACCUGGCAUGAGCUUCGGGAGAAACUUCUUGACAAAAAAGGAAUGGCAUCUGUCAUCAUGGAAGAAUAGUCAAGAUCCCGCUGUCGGUGAAUUUACAUAUAGCAUCGACACACUCAGUUAUCCUCAAAACGAACUAAGGCAAGGUGAUGUGGUGAAAUACCGGGCUGGACCAUGGAAUGGAAUACGGUUUAGUGGGGCUUCUGAGUUCAAACAGAACCCGAUCUUUACAUACAGUAUGGUAAUUAAUGAAACAGAAGUGGUGUAUUCAUAUAAUCUUGUAAACAGUUCUGUUCUAUCGAGGUUGACCCUGAAUUAUUCUGGGCAGAUAGAACGCACCGUGUGGGUAGAUAAUGGUAAAAAAUGGCAGUCUAUUCUGUCAUUGCCUAAAGAGACUUGUGAUACGUACAACAUAUGUGGUGCUUAUGGAAGCUGCACCCUGGUUAGCUUUCAGACAUGUAUGUGCUUAGACGAUUCUAAAUUCAUGCCAAAAAAUCCAAAAGGUUGGGAGACGGCAGAUUGGUCUGGUGGUUGUGUCAGGAAAACACCAUUGGAUUGUGAAAAUGGGUCAGAUGGGUUUGUACGGUAUUCUGAUGUAAAACUGCCAGACACACAGAAUUCUUGGUUCAACUUGAGCAUGACCCUGAAGGAAUGCGAAGCAAAAUGUCGAAAAAAUUGUACCUGUAUGGCUUAUGCAAAUACAGAUAUCAGAGGGGAAGGAAGCGGCUGCUUGCUUUGGUUUAAUGAACUCAAUGACAUCAGAGUGUACUUCGACGGAAAGGGUGGUCAAGAUAUCUUCAUAAGAAUGGCUUCCUCUGACUUAGGUAACUUUACUCAAACAGUUUCCACAAAUAAAGGAGGAACAAACAUCAAGACCAUAUUAUUGGCUGUAAUUCUGCCAGUCCUUUUGAUAGGCUUCAGCUCCACGUGGUUUUUCUGUGUGUGGAGAAAAAAGCGUCACGCAAAAGCAACAGGGGAAGGGGAAUCCUUACAAGUCCAAGAAAGCAAUUCAGAAGCCAUGGAACUACCAUUAUUUAGCUUCUCUGCAGUGGCAAAAGCUACUGCUAGUUUCUCUUCGGAUAAUAAACUUGGAGAGGGUGGAUUUGGACCCGUUUAUAAGGGUAUCCUAGAAGGGGGAGAAAUUGCAGUUAAGCGUCUCUCAAUUACAUCCAGUCAGGGACUUCAUGAGUUCAAGAAUGAAGUCAUCUGUAUUUCAAAACUUCAACACCGAAAUCUUGUUAAGCUCCUUGGAUGUAGCAUAGAGGGAGACGAGAAAUUGUUAAUCUACGAGUACAUGCCUAACAAAAGCUUAGACUCAUUUAUAUUUGAUAAGGUACGAAGCACACUGCUUGAUUGGACCAAACGAUUCAACAUCAUAGCUGGAAUUGCCCGCGGACUUCUUUAUCUGCAUCAAGAUUCACGAUUAAGAAUCAUCCAUAGAGAUCUUAAAGCUAGCAAUAUUCUACUAGAUCAUGACAUGAACCCCAAGAUUUCAGACUUCGGCUUAGCUAGAAGUUUUGGAGGAAAUGAGACUGGAGCAAACACAGAAAGAGUUGUUGGUACAUAUGGUUACAUGUCCCCAGAGUAUGCUCUGGAUGGUAUUUUCUCAACAAAGUCAGAUGUGUUUAGCUUUGGUGUUUUGGUGCUAGAGAUUGUCAGUGGGAAGAGAAAUAGGGGAUUCGUUCAUCCAGAACAUGACAAUAACCUUAUUGGACAUGCAUGGAGAAUGCAUAAUGAGGGCAGGUCAAUGGAACUAGUGGAUACAAAUAUGGAGAAACCAAGCAAUCCAUAUGAAGUCUUAAGAUCAAUCGAAGUGGGUUUGUUAUGUGUUCAACAAAAUCCAGAAGACAGACCAAACAUGUCAUCUGCGGUUCAACUGUUGGGCAAUGAGGUUGCAUUGCCGAAACCUAAGCAGCCGGCAUUUUUCACGCAAAGGAACAUACCUGGUGCUGAUUUCUCUUCAAUUGCUUACACCACAAGGUCAACGAAUGAAUUUACAGUUACAGAGAUAGUUGCUCGAUAGAAUGUACACCAGUUGUAGGAUUGGAUUUCUGUUCUGAUUCUUUAAGUACAUGCCGAUUUUUAACUGGCUGUACUACCAUUGGCAGAAUCAGAAAUUCUAGAGGACGGGGGCUAAACUUUUUUUUUUUUUAUCUUAAUAACAUGACUAAAAGAAACAACCUAACAAAUUUUGUUAAACAACAUAAAAAUUUUUAUAACAGUAACAACUCAAAAUAUAUAUAGGUAAAGGGUACUACAUGCAUAAAUUAAACAGGUAAACAGGUGAUGUUCUUCCUGAUCAUGUUACCUGACUAGGGAGAGUCUUUUCACUCAGAUAUAUUCAUGAAUAUAGCCUUAUGAUAUCGUUGUGACUCUUUCCCUGGCUACCUUCAAUAUAUGUACCUAAGAGGGUCAAACCCAAGACAUUAUAUGUAAGGAUACCGGGAGAUGUGACCUCUGUGCCACCUUAAUGGUGGUUAAAUACCAAACUUUUUGAAUGUCUGAGGCAAAAAGGUGUUGCUAAAUCUAUUUUUUAAGUAUCAAAAACAAUAAAAGCAUUGUAGCAAGAUAUACCUUCAUUUCAAAUGGUUACAUGUGACAUAAUAUUUGUAUUUCAGUUGA